CUGUGUAAUUCAUCUGGCAAACUUGGUAUUCGCUUUUUGCGAUUCAGGGGCAACAACAGGAUUAACAAUGGUGAUUGCUGUGAUAACGCGAUUUUGUGUUUAGAGGCCUGCGAUAUUUACUUAAAGAUCUGUGUCACAGAGGUGCCGCAAGCAAAGUGUAAUGCGGGCAACUUUCAAACAAAAGUUUUGGGUAAAGGAAGCUUCACUUUUCCAGGAAUUGGCGGGGAUCUUGGAAAUGGGAAGAAAAAUCCAUUGGAAUACAGUUUCCAGAAAUGGCAGGUAUAG